GGCAAAACGUUUCUGUUAUGUCCAAUUAGAAACACAUGAACAAGAAAAGUUAACUAAGAAGAGGCAAUUGGAAGAGUUAAGUGCUAUUGGCUCCCAUGCACCCAUAUCCGCAUCCGCAUCUGCAUCCGCAUCCGCAUCCACAUCCGUAGGCUGUGUUGGAGAGGGUUCUUCCAUGCCUCCCUUUCGCCCUAGUGCUUCUGCUAGUGCUAGUGCUUCUACUUCUACUCCUCCUAGUGGCACUAUUACCUUAAACCUAGAGUUCGGAAAUCCAGGUUGGAUAGUUAUUUUGUGCCACGUAGUACUCCUGGGGCACAACCCUCGCUUGAGAGCAUGGGUUGGAACAAGGAGGUUCAUGAUGCUGCAAGAAAACAAAUUUGCAAGUUUUGGUACUUUUGCAACAUUCCAUUUAUUGCAGCCAGGUCUCCUUAUUGGCAAGGCAUGGUAGAUUCCAUAACCAUUUGUGGUGCGGGGUUUAAAGCCCCUACCGAUGCUAAGUUAAGUGGCCCCCUCUUGUUACAAAUGGUUGAGGAUAUGAAAGUUGAGCUAGAGGACCACCGACAGUCUUGGAGCCAAAAGGGUUGCACCAUCAUGACAGAUGGUUGGACGGAUAGGAGGAAUAGAACACUCCUAAAUUUUCUUGUUUCUUGCGGAGGAUCCACCAUGUUCUUGAAGUCUAUUGAUGCUUCCUCACAUGUGAAAAAUGCCACAUACUUAUGUGAGGCUAUUGAGGAAGUCAUACAAGAGGUGGGGGAAGAAAAUGUGGUGCAGGUGGUGACAGAUAAUGCAGCAAGUUAUGUUGCUGCAGGUAAACUUUUGAUGGAGAGGCACCCGAAAUUUUUUUGGUCUCCUUGUGCGGCCCAUUGCCUUGACCUCAUGUUGGAGGAUAUUGGUAAGCUUGAAUGGGUGAAAUCAAUAGUUGAAAGGGCCAAAAAUAUUAGCAAGUUUAUCUACAAUCAUGCAUUGGUCCUUAGCAUUAUGAGGCAAUACACGGGGCAAAAGGAGUUGGCUCGUCCUGGUAUCACGAGGUUUGCCUCAAACUUCCUCACAUUGAAAUCCUUGAUAAAAUCAAAGGCGGCUUUGAGGCGUAUGUUUGUUGGUGAGGAGUGGACUUCCUCAUCCUAUGCUACGACCACUGCAGGGAUAGAUGUGAUAAAUUGCAUUUUUGAUGAGCCAAGUUUUUGGACCCCCUGUGGAGAAACCAUGUAG